AUGCCGUACCUUGUCGCGGGCGGCCUGGGUCUGCUGCUGCUCUACCGCCUCCUGCGCCGGCUGCAGCGCCGUACGCAGCCUCACGGCAAGGUGGUGGUGGUCACGGGCGCCAGCUCGGGGCUCGGAGGCCCGUGUACCCUAUAUGGAGGAUCUUUGUCUUCGUGUGCCUGUGCGUGCGCGACAGCGUGUGCACGCGCGUUCCAUGCGGAGGGAGCGAGGCUCGUGCUGUGCGGACGCGACCUGCAGAGACUCGAAUCUCUACGCGAUGAGCUCUCGGAGAGAGGCCCAGAGGACCGUGCCCCACGCGUGGUGCCCUUUGACCUGGGCUCGCCCGGCGAGGUGGCGAGGGCGGCGGAGCGGGUGGUGGCGGCGCACGGCCGCGUCGACGUGCUUGUGAGCGGCGCGGGGAUCAGCUACCGCGGGGAGGCGGCGCUCACCGCCAUGGACGUGCACCGCCAGCUCAUGGAGGUCAACUACUUUGGCGCCGUCGCCCUCCUCACGGCCCUCCUGCCGUCGAUGCUGAAGCAAGGAGAGGGGCACAUCGUGGCCAUUAGCAGCGUGCAGGGCCGCAUCGCCAUUCCCUUCCGUUCUGCGUAUGCCGCCUCCAAGCACGCCACGCAGGCGUACUUCGACAGCCUGCGCGCCGAGGUGGCCGACUCGGGGCUGAAGGUGACGGUCGUGAGCCCCGGCUACAUCCGCACCAACCUAUCGCUCAACGCGCUCACGGCCGACGGGACGCCAUACCACGCGAUGGACGCGAACACGGCGGGCGGGCGCUCCCCGGACAGCGUGGCGCAGGACGUGGUGGGGGCGGUGCUCGAUGGCCGUGCCGAGGUGGUGUCGGCCGGGCUGGCGCCGACGGCCGCCGUCUACCUGCGCACCCUGCUCCCGUCGCUCUACUUCAUCCUCAUGGCGCGGCGCGCGCGCUCUGACAGGAAGAAGGCCGAGCAGGCGUGACGGCGCCGUUGCUCUCCUCUCCCCCCACCCCCCACAACACGCGGAAAGUUUGAGAUGCUGACAAAGCAGAAUGAGAUGGAACAUGUAUCUACGUCCCGUAUGUUGAACUUCUUUUGCACCGUACGCUGCCAAACAGUGAAUCAGAGGUGCGAUGCAAUACGGACAAAUGGAAGUGACCGAGAGACAAAGAGGACAGAGACACGGACACGUAGAAGGGGAAACGCGCAGAUGGAGAGACAGAAGCGUAAUGUGCACAUUGUGAAUAGGAGCUGGUGAAGAGGGACUGGUGAAGAUAACUACUUUGUGUUUAGUUUGUUGUCCUUCCCCACACUUCCGAUUAGCACGGUUGACUACGUACGGUGCAAAAGAAGUUCAACAUGCAUACAUACAAGAGGAACUGGUGAAUAGGGGCUGGUGAAUAGGGAC